UAUUUUUGGUAUUAUGCUAACUCAAUUAAGGUUGUGAAAUUUAUAUUAACUAAUUAAAUUAUUCUAAAUGUUCCCCACUGAAAAGUUUUAUUUACAACGAGAAUAAUAAUUGUGUUAACACUGAUGUAAAAUUUAAUUUUACUAUAAGUGUACUCUGGAACUAUAUUUGGAACAUUUCUAUUGUUUACUUAGAAUGUUCAAUAUUUGUAAUUAGUCAUGUCAGAACCUAUUAAUAUAAAUAAUAAUAGUGAUAAUGAAAAUAUCAGUUACAAUCCUAGUGUGUCAUCAACAUAUGUAAUCGAAAGUGACCUAGUGCCUGCAAGUCUAGCAUCUGAAGAGUUAAAAUUGGCCCUUAACAAGGAAGCAACCGAAGAAGAACUAUUAAAGGCAAUAACUCGCUGUAAAAGUUUAAUUUUAGAAAGUGACCAUUGCUCUGAAGAGCGGAAAUGGCUGGUUAGACAUUUAAUAGAAUUGCGACUGCGAUUGGAAGAAUGUAAAGAUGCAAUGAAUGAUCCUCUGCAUCCCAGAAAUCAUUCCAGUGGUGUAUCGAAGAGAGUCAUCAAAGGGCACCAUUUACAUCUUCAACCAUUACUAAGACAUGCAUCUUCAAAGUACUGCGAUCAUUGUACAGGUACAAUAUGGAGUGUAGUCCAGGCAUGGUAUGAAUGUGAAGACUGCGAAUAUGCCUGUCAUCAUAAGUGUCUAGCAUCUAUUGUCAGAGAAUGUGCUCAUGUCAUAGCUAGCGAAAAAGGAUGUUUUGACUAUGAUAUAUGCCCUGAAUUGGGACUUUCUGCUCAGAGAUACCUAUGUGCUGAAUGUAAAUCCCCAUUACCAGUUACCGCUCCUUCAGGACUAGGUUGCCUUGGUAGAUUUUUAUUUCCAGAUAGAGAUUGGUCUGAAGCUAGAAGAUGUGAUUACAGUGGCCUCUACUUUUGCACAGCCUGCCAUUGGAGUAGUUCCGCCAUUAUUCCGGCCAGGGUCGUCCACAACUGGGACUUUGAUCCACAGCCAGUUUCACAAGCAGCCUUGCAGCUACUAAAAAUAACUUCCCGCAGGCCUAUUAUCCAUUUAAACAAACUUAACUCCAAGUUGUUCUUAUUAGUUCACGAAUUAGACCUCGUUAGAAGAUUGCGUCAGACUUUAAUAGGGAUGAAGAAGUAUUUAUCAGUCUGUAGAAAGUCAAUAGAAGAGAGGUUGUUAAGGAAAAAUGUGGAUACUCCCCAUUUAUUAGACAGUUCUGACAUGUACAGUCUACAAGAUCUGGUGGAUAUAAAUUCAGGCGAAUUACCAUGCAAGUUGCAGUCCAUAGUAGACAUAUUCGAGACACAUAUCAAAGUAAAAUGCGAAAUUUGUAAAGGACGAGGACACAUUUGUGAGAUCUGCAAUAAUGAGGGGAUUAUAUAUCCUUUUGACAAUGGUUGUUAUUCAUGUGGUCGUUGUUUAGCUGUGCUUCACAAACAUUGUUUUGCAAUAAAAUCAGAGUGUCCGAAAUGUUUAAGACUGAAAAAGAGGGAGGACGAAGGAAAAAAUAAUAACGAGAUCUGUAAUGAAUAGUGUGAUUUAAAAUAUGUAUUUGAC